AGUCCCGCUUCAGAUGGCGAGCGGUGCGCCCGUGUACAGUCCGCGUGUCCGCACCCCGUACGCGAGCGCGUAGUAUCCCGCGAGCCGAGACCCCGCGAGUGACAUCGGCGGAGUGCCGCUCCCAGCCGCCCCUGCCAUGCGCCGGCACUGAGCCAGCGCGCACCACCAUGCCGCGCGUUAAGCCUGCCUGCGUCCGACGCGUCUCCAUCGGAGAAAGCUCCGGGUCGUGUUCUGAAGAAGAAAUAAACAAUGUAUCGGACGAAAUCAGAGACAGGCCAGAGGCCCAUAUGUGUCCACGAUGCCAAGAGCAGUUCGAGAGUCUACAUGAGUUCCUUUAUCACAAGCGACUGUGCGAUGAGAAAGCCCUUCAAAUGGGGGAGGAACGAAUGCACUCCGACCCCGAGGAGAUGGUCGUCUCCGGGGACGAGGAGAUGGAUGGCCCUAAUAAACGACUAGAACAAGUUAGGCGGCAUAGACAGGAUGCCGAAAAUAAUAAUAGCCUCGAAGAUGGCGAGGCGGAGGUGCCCGAAGCCGACGUACCACCAGUAGGACUACCAUUCCCUGUCGCCGGUCACGUUACACUCGAGGCGUUACAAAACACAAAAGUAGCCGUAGCACAAUUCGCCGCAACCGCAAUGGCAAACAACGCCGACAACGAAGCGGCUUUACACGAACUAGCCGUAUUACAAAGCACACUAUUUACGCUGCAACAUCAACAAGUAUUCCAACUGCAAUUAAUACGACAACUGCAAAAUCAAUUAUCGUUAACGAGGCGGAAAAGCGAUCAUAACCCGAGUCCUCCGCCGAGUGAACCGGAGCCCAUCAUGCCAGCGCCCACCGCUCGAUCACCGUCGCCGCCUCGUCCGCCACGGGAGCCAACUCCUGCUGCACCCACUCCUCCCACUAGCCAAAGCUUGCCUUCAACCCAUGCGCAUCUUACCCCAAAAACAGAGCCUCUUUCUAUUCCUAAAAUUCCAACAUCAUCCCCACCAAUGAUGACACACCCACCCUACAGCUCCAUAUCGUCAUCAUUAGCAUCAUCGAUCAUCACGAAUAACGAUCCACCGCCGUCCCUCAACGAACCUAAUACACUCGAAAUGCUUCAAAAACGCGCACAAGAAGUGCUAGAUAACGCAUCCCAAGGUCUAUUAGCAAAUAAUCUUGCCGAUGAAUUAGCUUUUCGUAAAUCUGGAAAGAUGUCUCCCUAUGACGGAAAGUCCGGAGGACGGAACGAGCCUUUCUUUAAGCAUCGCUGUCGAUAUUGUGGAAAAGUUUUUGGGAGCGACUCAGCAUUACAAAUCCACAUCCGAUCUCACACAGGUGAACGUCCUUUUAAAUGCAACGUUUGUGGAUCUCGAUUUACAACCAAAGGAAACCUAAAAGUACAUUUCCAAAGACACACCGCUAAAUUUCCACACGUUAAGAUGAAUCCUAAUCCAGUGCCAGAACAUUUGGAUAAAUAUCAUCCACCAUUAUUAGCACAGUUAUCACCGGGGCCGAUUCCUGGGAUGCCUCCCCAUCCGCUACAGUUCCCUCCAGGCGGGCCGGCUCCUUUCCCGCCGAGCUUGCCACUGUACAGGCCACCACAUCAUGACUUAUUACCACCUCGUCCUCUCGGAGACAAACCACUUCCACCUCAUCCACUUUUCGCAAUGCGAGAAGAACAAGAUGCUCCGGCUGAUCUCAGUAAACCUUCCGCGCCGAGCCCUUCCCGAUCUGCACCUGAAGUUAAAUCUGAACCACAAGACGAAGAAAGUCAUCGUGAAUCAAGUUUUGAAGAAACAGAUCGUGUAUCACCUAAACGCGAACUUGAUGAAAACGAGACCGCACAGGAUAAUGAACAAGACAGAUAUCCAUCUACAUCACCAUACGAUGACUGCAGCAUGGACUCAAAAUACAGCAAUGAAGAUCAAAUCGGCAGAGAUAGUCCGCACAUGAAGCCCGAUCCAGAUCAACCGGAAAAUCUCUCAAGUAAGAAUUCACCGAUAUCUGGGCCAAUUUCAAUAGCGACGGGACUUCGUACCUUUCCUUCAUUUCCCUUGUUUCCUCAAUCUCCACCUAGCAGUAUGUCCUCUGGUAGUAUAACGCCAUUCAAUAUAUCCCAUAGUGUUGUUGACACUGACUUAUCAAGAGACCCUAUGUUUUACAAUUCCUUAUUACCGCGGCCCGGUAGCAAUGACAACUCUUGGGAAAGUUUAAUAGAAAUAACUAAAACAUCGGAGACAUCAAAAUUACAACAAUUAGUAGACAACAUCGAUAAUAAACUUAAUGAUCCUAAUGAAUGUAUAGUUUGUCAUCGCGUACUUUCAUGUAAAAGUGCUUUGCAAAUGCAUUAUCGAACACACACCGGUGAACGGCCUUUCCGUUGCAAAUUGUGUGGUCGAGCAUUUACGACUAAAGGCAAUUUAAAGACGCACAUGGGCGUCCAUCGCAUAAAACCUCCAACUCAAAUGUUGCAUCAAUGUCCAGUAUGUCAUAAGAAAUUUGCAGACCCUGCUAUUUUACAUCAACAUAUAAGACACCACACGGGUGAGCGCGUCAACACUUCUUACGAUCCAACCCAGAACAUUGAUAUUAAUGCUUUUCCAUCAUCGAACAGCGGGUCAGAUGUCAACGACUAUCCUUACCGACCCGUACCUCCUCCGAUGUUUCCCACCCUAUCCACUCCCGGCGACCGACGGGCGGACUCCCGCGGGACCGACGAUGAGAGCGGCCGGGACGAGCGCGAGCCCGCUAUUCGGGAGUUCGACGACGACUCUGAUAUGAAAGUUUGUCGAACUUCGCCGCUCUCCGUCUGCGCCUCGGCGUCCGAAUGCGAAGUAAAAACCUUCACCACAACGGCUUCCCUCCCAUCGGCGACAGGUUCGGAGAGCGGGCGGAGCGCACGGGCCUCGCCGCCGUCGCCGACGAUGUCGACGCUGUCGACGCCGCCGCGACUGCCGCCACAUUCGCCGCAGCUGUCACCGCCCGGGCCGCUUGCCGCGCUCGGCGCUCUCGGCGGAUCACCCUUCAGCCCACUCGGACUCGCGUUUCCUCCCGCAGUGCGCGGCAACACAACGUGUAACAUCUGCUACAAGACAUUCGCCUGCAACUCGGCGCUUGAGAUUCAUUACCGCAGCCACACCAAGGAACGACCUUUUAAGUGCUCCGUCUGCGAUCGCGGUUUUUCUACAAAGGGCAACAUGAAGCAGCACAUGUUGACGCACAAAAUUCGCGACAUGCCCCCCGGUUUCGACAAAGCGCCCCCGACUCCCAAUGACGAGCCCCGAGAGCCGAGCCCCGACAGACGGUCAUCGCCAGACAAGAUGGACCUCAAGAGAUCGCCGCCGGCGCUCCCACCGAUGUCGCACGCACCUCCUAUAGAUAUGCCGCCAAUGCCGAAACGACCUAGCGUACCCAGCGGCCCCACCCAUCCGCCGCCGCCGACGUCAUCUAAACAUCUGUGCGGAGUUUGCCGCAAGAACUUCUCGUCAUCGUCUGCUCUACAAAUCCAUAUGCGAACCCAUACUGGCGACAAGCCGUUUCGUUGUGCUGUCUGCCAAAAAGCUUUCACUACAAAGGGGAAUCUGAAGGUGCACAUGGGAACACACAUGUGGAGUGGGGGCGCUUCUAGACGAGGUCGCCGCAUGUCGCUGGAAUUGCCUCCGCGGCCAUUGCACGAGCCUCACGAUCUUCUAAGGCGUCCUGAUUUAUUCUAUCCAUAUCUGCCCGCGCCAUUCCUCAACGGCAUGCAGCAAAAGCUGAACGAAAUAUCAGUGAUCCAACAGAGCGCGGGUCAAAAUGGAGUCGGCAAAUUCCCCGGCUUACUCGGUUUCGGUGCAUUCGCCGGAGCAAGACCCGGCGCCGCAUCGCCAUUAGAAAGGCCACCAUCGUUAGAAGGUGGCGACGAACGGCAAGCGGCAAUGAGAGAAUUGGCUGAACGUGGACGGGAAUUGGCCGAAAGAAGUCGGCAGUUACGCGAGGAAAACGAUUACCGCUCACCGCCCGCGCAUACACCCCUCGCCCCUCCCCCUACCCAACCCUCCUCCCCCGCCCCUCAUCACCCGCACCCUCAUCCCCUCGCGUCCCUCCCUCCCCCCGCCCGCACCGAAGGCCUCACCGUCUGAAAACCCUAACAUUCCAACAAAAUCCAACAGCGAGGGCCGAUGACUUAUCAAAGUGUCAUGUUAAUAUUGUACAAAUAUUAGUAGAAUAAAUGAAAUUAAGGGACUGAUAAAUUACGACGAAGCGAGUGUUGUAGCAUAAUGUGCAAAGUGUAGAGCUAUGUAACGAAAUGUUAUUCCGCGUGUUUCAUACGCCUAGUAUUAUUGUAAUUAACUUAUAUGCACGAGUACGGGCCUGGGGCAAUCGGGGACUCGACGAGCCCCACGUUUAUGUCAUUACUCUGUGAUAGUGCACAUUCGAGAGGCUGUGUCUUCUGUAACUGGAUGACGACGUUUAGGAAUCGGCUAACCUUCAUCUUUAGAUGCAGUCUAAUGUGCUAUGACAUGAAAUAUUAUUAAAUUAUCCCAAAAAUUAAUUAUCUUAAAUCUAUAUCUAUUAAUGUAAAUAAAUUGUAACAUAAAGUCGAGCGUAUAUAGCAUAUGUAUUUCAAUUUAUAAAAAAAAACUAUUGUUACUGUAACUGGAGGGCGAUAUGCAUGAUUUUUAUCUCCACAUUCCAACUGAAUUAUAUAAUUUAGAGUACUCAGAACACGAGGAGAUACUUUAUAUAUUUAAAAUAUGUGAAACGAUAAAACUAGAAACACUAACUGGUAUGGCCAGUUCUAAUUUAACAAUCCAACAAACCAAUAGAAACAAUGUAUCAUCAAAAUUCCAGACCUAUGUAUAAAUGACAUACCUAUUCCAUAUUAGGUAUUCAAUACUCUACUACAUUUAAGUAAAUUAACAGAGGUUAAUGACGUAUUCAUAUCAUGUAAAUUAUAAAAAAAGUAUUUGCAUUUGAGGUCUAUAGUUGUAAGUAUUUAGAGUCAUAGAUAUAAUGUUGCUUUAGAAUAUUACAACAUAUCUUUGUAAAAAAAAACGGGAGCGGCUGGUAUUGAAACAAAUAUUAGAACUUGAAAUGUUUACUAUUUAGUUUGUUUCAAGUCACUCUCUAGGCAGACUGACCAACUUAUUGUCCAUACGAAACAUUUCUUUCCAAAUGUGCAUUUUGUGAAUGCUUAUUUUAGUCACUUAUGGUAGAUUUGAUACUAAGUUAACGAAAAAAAAAUUGCAUUCACUGCGUUUUAUAUUUUGAGUACAUUAGAUAUCUGUGUAUAAAUUUCCUAUUAAAUUAUUUAUGUAAACUAUAAAUCAUGCAUACACUCUUAGUAUUAAACGGAUGCUUGUGAGGCGAUAGGGCUCAUUGAAUAAUUUAGUUGUAGGGUAAAUUUUCAUAGCACCUACGAUUUAAUUUCAAGUUGCGAAUAGAAAUAGAUAAGUAGUGUUAGUCAUGAAUAUGAUGUGUCAUGUCAUGUCAGUAUAAAUAAUCAUUGUAAAUUAUUAAAUGUUUAUGUAAAUGUCCAAAAAGUAUUCAAAUUAUUUAAAAAAAAACAAUUAUAGUGAUAAUUCC